AUGCAGGGCUGCGGAUUCGCCCCCCCGUACGUGACAGUACGGGCGACCCGCCUGCCCUGUGCAGCCAAUGAGCGCACAACGCACUGGCGCCCCUGUGUGCAGAAUGAAACUCGAAGCACGGACACCCAGUACCGGUAUCGCUGGGACCUGCCCCGACUGACAGAGUCCCGCUUUACCUUUGAAGUGCAAGCCAACAACGACGCCUUUGUGGCGCUGUCUUCCCAGAACCACGACAUGGACGCCAUGUACGAAAUUGUCAUUGGCGGCUGGGCUAACACUGUGUCUGGAAUACGCCGCGCAAUGCAAGAGCCCAACCGCGCUACUUCCUUGGCACCUGGAAUCCUCUCCACAAAAGAGUACAGACCUUUCUGGAUAACGUGGUCUUCAGGCGGAACCAUUGCUGUUGGGAGGGGUGGUGAAACUCAGUCGUUCAUGAGCUGGACGGACCCAGACCCGCUUUCCAUCGCCUAUGCUGGAUACUCCACUGGCUGGGGAAGUACAGGGUGCUGGAGGUUCUGCUGA